CGACGUGAUAAUUGAACAGAUAAAUAACCAUCCCGUGCCGGAACGAAGCGCGGAGGGCGUUAAAAAAGGCCAAAAGUCGAUAAAUGGCUUUUCCAGCCCAGCAAGCUGACGUUACCAAAAAAAUUCUGGAAGACAUUCAAAAUUCAAAGAAACAACUGCUUCAAAAAGGUGUGACGUCAAACUCGGCCGGUCUUACGAUACCUCAGUACAUUCAAACUAACAAUCAGUCUCAGCCCGGGCAGACUUUGGAUUCGUCGAUAAACGCAACCGCCAAGGCAGUGUGGACUCAGGCAUCCAACAGCUCAUACGGGUUUUUCAUCGCACAGGAUUCUUUGUUUGGUAACAGUAUCAUUCCGGUUUUGCCACGAUUUGACAACGCACCGUCGUGCACUGGCGGUGUUGGAGCAAAUCCUGUAGGAUCCGGGAGUCAAUCUUCAACCUCUGGAGCGAGUAAAUAAGUUUUGCCGACAAUGGCAUGCCUUAAGUUAAAAAAGUUUGAAGAGUUUCUGCAAACGGUCGAAGGAUUUGAGAAACCGAAAGUUUACUUGGAACAGUACGUAACCCCUUCGCAUAUUGCUGCUCACGCUCUUUAUACAAUUGAAACUAACUACGGCGACUUGGAAAAUAAGCUUGUUUUGGAUCUCGGAUGUGGCCCGGGAAUGCU